CAAGCUCACGCAAGCUUUGAUUAUGUUCCUCUCACACUCUCUUUCCAUAUAUAUACACAAUUAGUUCUUUGCUUUGACAUCUUUCUCAAAGAAUCUCUUAUCUCCUUCCCCUUUAUCCCAACCUCCAUUUUCCCCUCCUUUCUUUCAACAUCUUAUUUUCCAAUUAUCAUAGUUAAAUUAAUUCUAAAUUCAUUUCGUUUCCGUCCGAUUCAAAAUCACGAUUCAUCGUUCCGCGUGAUUGUGUUCAUCGAUCUUGGAGACCCGCAUCUCUUCUCUUCCAGUGUGUAGGUUUGGAGAAUGAGUUCUAUGCAAGGACCGGUUGUGUGUCCCUCUGUCCGUGCCAAACAAGCAGGGUUAUGCGGCAUUCCUGUGAUUGGGGCAGUGAAAAUGAACGUGAGACGCAUUAGAAGUGAAUUUUGGGGUCUCGGUGGUGCCAAGGCUAAACCCGGUUUUCUUUCUUGCCAUAUAAACACACGAAGGUUCAAAACUGUGCAUUGUAGUUUUAACUCACCCACCAAUGACAACGGAAGUUCCGCGGAUAAUUUCAAUGAAAAAGAUGAAGAUUAUGUUAACUCUAGUGUGAUUGAAGCUGUUGAGGUGAAGAGUGGAGUGGAUGGUUUCAUAAUCAAAAUGAGGGAUGGAAGACACUUAAGAUGUGUCCAUAACAAUCCUCAGGGAGGACAUCUUCCAGAUUAUGCACCACAUCCUGCUAUUGUAUUGAAGAUGGAAGAUGGGACUGGUCUACUUCUUCCUAUAAUUGUUUUGGAGAUGCCAAGCAUCUUACUAAUGGCAGCAAUACGCAACGUUCCCAUAGCUAGACCUACUUUAUAUCAAGUAGUAAAGGAGAUGAUUGACAAGAUGGGUUACGAAAUCAGACUUGUCAGAGUUACCAGGAGAGUACAUGAGGCAUACUUUGCCCAGUUGUUUCUUACGAAGGUUGGAAAUGAGGCAGAAUGUGUGAGCUUUGAUCUUCGCCCUUCAGACGCUAUCAAUAUUGCAGUAAGAUGCAAGGUUCCAAUACAAGUCAAUAAAUACCUGGCAUACAGUGAUGGUAUGAGAGUAAUUGAAUCAGGCAAAUUGUCAACACAGUUCCAUGGUUUGGAUGGCCAAUUAUUUACUGAAAUGGACCGGCCAAGUGAUCAGCCUUGCACUGAGACCGCAGAAUUCAAUCUUUUGCAUAACAUGUUGAAAGCUGUUGUUGAAGAGCGCUAUAAAGAUGCUGCUUUGUUCAGGGACAAACUUAAUCAACUUAGGUCGGGAAAAAACGUGAAUAACAGAUUCUGAAUGCUUUAAUUGUAAAUACAAUCUUAUAGUAGAAUAUCGAGGGGGUUCGGUGCAGCUGAGUUGAUAGCAGUCGUGUCUCCCUUCCUCAGUCUAUAAAUGCUUACAUUAUCUGUGAAUAUUUGUAUAUAUAUUUCUAAACAUUGAUGUUUAUGCAAUCAUGUGGAACUUUUCUGAGACUUGUUUCAAUUCUCAAAAGCUGUUAAUAUGUAAUACGAAAUUUAUUCAUGGGAUGCAGUAUGUGACUGAUGGCUGUGUUUCUCUGUAUUAUUAAAAUAUUUGGGAUGGUUAGAUAAAAUGCUGUAAAUGUA